AUGGAAUUUCUUUCUUCAAUUACUGUGGAAGUCGGAAAGUGCUGUUUUGCAGCCGCUGGUGAUCAACUUGGUUACUUGUUUCGUUACAACGACAACAUUGAAAAUUUGAAAAAGCAAGCUGAGAAGUUGGCAGAUAGAAGACGUAGUAUGCAACUGAAAAUCGAAGUUGCUGAAAGACAAGGAGAAAUCAUCUUUGCUAAUGUUCGAAGCUGGAUAGCAGAAGUUGAUAAUAUUUCUGCAAAAGCUGAAAGCUUUUUGGAAGAUGAAGACAAAGCCAACAAGAGGUGCCUCAAAGGGUGGUGCAUUAAUCUCAAACAACGUUAUCGAUUCAGUAAAGAGGCAAAGAAGCAUACUCUGAUGAUAUCUGAACAGCUCCAAGAAGUGGGAAAGUUUGAUGAGAGUGUGUCUUGUCCUGGUCCUCCAUUUGGUAUUAUGUCGUCAUCGAAGUUAUUUUCUUCAAGCACUUUUGAAUCUAGAAAUUCAAUUAAGAAGCAAGUUAUGAAGGCCUUAACUGAUAGUGACAGUGUCAGCAUAAUUGGAAUAUGGGGAAUGGGGGGUGUGGGUAAAACCACGCUAGUCAAAGAAAUCAUCCAACAUGUAAAAGAAGCUAAGAUGUAUGAUGUUGUAGUGAUGGCAGUUGUCUCUCAAACCCCUAGUAUUAGGAAAAUUCAAAGCAAUAUUGCUGACAUGUUACAUGUAACAAACUUGCCGGCUAGUUCUGAAAUAGCAAGAGCAAGUUUCCUAUGGGAGAGAAUCAAGGAGAAAGAGCGGAUCCUCAUUAUUUUAGAUGACGUUUGGGAAAGAAUCAAAUUGGAUGAGAUUGGUAUUCCUUUUGGGAGUGACCAUAGAGGUUGUAAAAUUUUAAUCACCUCUCGAAGCAAAACUGUAAGUAAUCAAAUGGAGUGUCAAGAGAUACAUACAGUUGAAACUUUAUCAAAGCAAGAAUCUUGGAUACUUUUCAGCGAGAUUGUGGGCUCAAAUGUCGAAACUUCUGACAUAAGCUCUUUUGCAAGAGCUAUAGCUGCUAAAUGUGGUGGCUUGCCACUUGCAAUUGUGAUAAUAGCAGGAGCUUUAAAGGGCAAGAACAAGCAUGUGUGGAGAAACGCAGCACGACAACUUCAAAAGUCCAACCCCUCUGACAUCCCAGGAGUGGAUGGGAUCUUAUUUUCAUCUUUGGAGCUGAGCUUGCAUUAUCUAGAAAAAGUGGAGUCAAAAUCACUUUUCUUAUUUUGCAGCUUAUUUCCAGAGGAUUACAAAAUUCCAAUUGAAGUUUUAGUGAGAUACGCAAUUGGUCAGAGGUGGUUUAAAGACGUUGAUGAGACAAUAGAAGAUGUCAGAGAUAGAGUUCAUGCUAUUGUAAGUACCAUUACUUCUUCCUUUCUCUUAAUUGAUGAUGGUGAAGAGUAUGUUAAAAUGCAUGAUGUAGUGCGGGAUUUCGCAUUAAACAUAGCUCCUAAAUACAACCACCAAUUCUUGGUAAAAGCUAACAUUGGUGUACGACAGUGGACAAACAUAGAUACAUUCGAAGAUUUCACAUGUAUCUCACUAAUGUCAAAUAAUACUAUGCAGCUACCUAAUGAGUUAGAAUGCCCAAAGUUGCAGGUUUUGAUGUUGGAUGGCAGUUCUGAGAUUCUUUUUCCUGGAAAUUUCUUUCAAGGAAUGAAAAAUCUCAAUGUUUUAGACUUGAGUGGAUUCACACUCUUGUCAUUGCCUGAUUCAGUUUCAUUUCUUUCAAAUCUUAGAACAUUGCAUAUUAGUGGUGGGGAGUUGGGUGACAUAGGAGUAAUUGGAAAGCUAAGAAAACUAGAGAUUCUUAGUCUCUCCAAAUCUAAUAUUGAGGAGAUCCCGGUAUCCUUUAGCCAAUUAAGUAAUCUCAGAUCAUUAGAUUUGAAUAAUUGUGGGAAGUUAACACUAAUACCUUAUGGUGUUAUACGCUCUCUCAAAAAGUUAGAGGAGUUGUAUAUUAAUACAUUUAGGCAAUGGGAAUAUGAAAGUGAAAAUUUGAUAAGCAAUGCCAAUCUUGUUGAGUUACAAGUCUUGUCCCGAUUGACUCAUUUAGAGAUUUUUAUCUCAAACCUUAAUGUCUCACCAAAAUUGUUGAUAUUUCAAAAUAACCUAUCCAAAUUUAAAUUAAGAAUAGAAUAUGGUGCAUAUUGUGACUAUAGGGAUUAUUAUUUGUCUGAGAGUGGAUCCUCAAGAACUAUGAGUCUCUCACAAACCAACAUUUCAGAGAUACAAGACUGGGUUAAAGGUUUGCUCAAAAGAACUGAGUAUCUUAUUUUAGAGGAAAUUGUUAAUUUAGAGAGUAUUAGUCAUAACUUAGUUGAAGAAGGGUUAAAUGAAUUGAAGUAUCUUGAUAUCAGAUCAUGCGAUGAGAUAAAGUAUCUCCUAAAUACAAUGGAAUGGACACCAAACUCAACUUUCCACAAUUUAGAGGAAUUGGUUAUCUAUUGUAGUUCCAACUUGGUUGGACUAUGCCAUGGACAACCUCUAACCCAACCUCCAAACCACACCAUAAUCUCCCCAAGUUUGGGAAACUUGACUUCUAUGUGUAUAAAUGAAUGUCCUAAAUUAAAAAACCUCUUCGUCCCUUCCAUUGUCAAAUGUCUGGUGAAGCUCAAAAGUCUUCAAAUAUGGGAUUGCUCAACAAUAGAAGAAAUAGUCACAAAUGAGAAAGGAGAAAAAGAAGCAUCAAUAGAGAGGAUAGUGUUUCCUAGUUUGUACCUCUUGGACCUUGGAUGUCUAGACAGCCUCACUUGUUUUAGCUUUGGAUCAUAUACUAUUGAAUACCCAGCAUUGGAGAGGCUAGAGAUAUUGGGAUGUGGAAACAUGAAGACCUUUGGUUAUGGAGAGCAAGUGACACCCAAGCUUAACAAACUGCUUCUAGAUUGGGUUGAACGUUGGAAUGGCAACUUGAAUGCCACAGUUCAAGAGUACUUCAAUGAACAGAUAAACCCAGUCAGGCUCUAAUGGCGACUUCCAGGCUUUUACUGUCACAUCUCCGUCGCUUCACUCGCUCUCCAUC